CAUGAGGAUAUGGAACUACAACAAGUCGCGCAUAUAUUCUGCGCGUGGGGUUAAACUGGUUCAGAUCAAGCUGGAUGAUCAGAUCAUAUUUCACGGAGAGAUCGCCCGCUCCAGUGGCGAAUUAAAAGGACCCCUGCCUACCUUUGGAGAUACAAUCCUCUUCACCAAGGAUCCAAUAAUCUUAGACUCCGUAAUGCUUAACGACAAAAACUUCCAAGCGUUGUUGAAAGACAACGAACCGAUGCAAGACUACUCCAACACGAUUGACAAGCGACCCCCCACUGCGAACGAUAGCAAUCAUAACAUGAGCCCUACAGCCCUGUUGGAGGCCUUGGAUAUCCAGGAGAAAGAGAUCAAGUAUGUCGCGAAGAAAGUGAAGCUCACGCUCAUGUCUAAUUGGGGACAGAGACACCUUAUUGGACUUACUGGCAUCGAACUGCUCUGCUACAACGAAUCCAUCAAGAUCCACCGCGCCUACGCGUACACCGCUUUCAUAACCGAGGACCAGGCGCCGGAGCACAGCAGCCUGAUCGACUGCAAGAGUCUGUUCAGCGGCAGGAACAUCACUACUGACUUCGAAGAUAUGUGGUGCACGAACUUCGCGACUGGGAACAAGUUCUGUCAUAUUGUCAUGGAACUUAUGGAGUCUACUGAGAUUACUAGUAUCCGCAUCUGGAACUACAACGCGAACAUGGUCUCGUACAUCGGCGCGAAGCACGCGCGCAUCUCUCUGGACGGGACCGCGCUGCACUACCGGCCGCUGUUACUGGCCGGGGCGCCGGGGGACACCUGCUAUGACUACGUGCAGCAGAUAGAUCUGCUUACUAUUGAUGAUAGGUUGGACGACGCGAAGGAGUCUGACAGUUUUCGCAUGGACUGCCUGGUGUACGGAACCAACCUGGACAUGGGCGCGCCCGGCUUCGUGCUCCAGCUCAACAUAUUCUCCACAUGGGGGGACCCCUACUACGUGGGUCUGACUGGCAUCGAGCUGUACGAUCACCACGGGAACAAGAUACUCUUGACAGAGACAAACGUGUGCGCGCACCCGGCCAGUGUGAACGUGUUGGACGCGCGCGCGGCCGACGUGCGCACUCACAAACUCAUCGACGGACACAACGCGAGGGUCGCCGACGCCGCGCACUCCUGGCUCGCACCCGUACUGCCCAACACGCUCAACAGAGUAUACUUCGUGUUCGACGUCCCCGUAUCAGUGUACGGUAUGAAAAUAUGGAACUACGGGAAAACACCAACUAGAGGCGUCAAGGAGUUCGGGGUUUUAAUGGAUGAUUUGCUGCUAUACAAUGGAACACUGGACUGUGCCAAAAACGAUGAAAUUCUCAGCCCUCAAUGGUUCUGCCUGCAGAACUUAGAUGUUGACACGUUGACACCUUCUUCGUCGGAGCUGAGCCAGCGCACGACGACGAGCGGCUCGAGCGAGUGCGCCGACCCCAGCGCGCGCCCGCACACCAGCGUGCACGUGCUCAAGCAUCGCGCGCACUGACCACUCCUUGCAGGGGGUCACACAGACGUAUUGCCAAUCAUGUGUUCUUUACGCUCUUUAUGAACUACAUACAUUAAACGUAUACAUAUAAUGUAAAAAAAAUACUUCGAAAGUUGUGUUACGACGAAUUUGCCCCAUUUUAUAACAAUAUUUCUCUGUUUCGGUUAAAUGUGUAUGAUCGCAUUAAUUUAUAUUGUGUAGAAAUCAUUACUUUAGUACCCUACCUACCAGAAAAAAAAUGUUAGGCGAUCGUUAAAAUUUUACGGAUAAUUUUAGAAGGUUUUAGUGUAAGAUGGAAUUAAUUUGGAACGAAAUCGUAGAUUAGAAACUUGAGCACUUGAUUUCAUUGAGAUUUAUAGUUGUUAGUAGGAAGGGCAGGCAUGUAGAA